GCGAUCUCAGAUUCGUACUUUGUAAAGUUGGUUCCUGAGUUCGGCGGCCAUAGAAAGGCAGGUUCCUGGGUACCGGAAGAAUGUCGACCGCGUGGAUCAUAACCUAUUCUCAUACCCUCACACAUAAAAGCAAUUCGUUUAACCCUGUCACUCCUUAACCAGCCUUAUACCCCGGUAAAAUCAUGUUCCCAACAAAAUGUUUUAUCCCUCUCAUCCUCGCUUGUCUCCUACAUGUCUCAUUUGCCCUCCCAGUUAGCCUUUCACUUGUACUUCAUUUUAGCGCCCGAACUGACACCCUGAAACAGAUGCUAAAAAUUGAGGCUAGAGAAACUGCUGUAGCUCCCGUUACAGAUCAAUUCGGUGGAGGUGGAGGUGGUUCUGGAGCUGACUGGUGAACAUCCUCCUGUAAGUCUUCGUAUCAUUCACCAUUCACACCUGUUUAAAAUAUUCUUUGAAGCAGCACCGUCAUGAUUAACGUCU